AUGAUUUGUGAACUUUCAGAUAAUGUUGGAAAAGUUUAUGCUGUUCCCUUCUGGUCGCAACAUUCGAUAACAUGCUUCCAUGCACUAAUAUUUUUUAAAAAUUCAGUAAACUAUUUAGUUUCUCCAAACUCGGAGGGUUAUCAAAAUUUCUUAAUGACGAUAUACCCGUUACUACUGCUCUGGUUUAUUCUUCUUAUAAUGUUUGGAUUAAGCAUUUGGAUGAAAAAUCAAGCGGAAGAAAUUGUGAAAAUUGGACUUCAGAUCCAAUACAAAGUGAAAAGCUCACCAAAAAUCAUCAAAUUCGCUCAACUGCUUUCCUUACAACUUCAUCAUCGUCCACCUCUAAUUUCUUAUGGAGUUUUUGUUGUUGAUUGGAAAUUUCUAUUCGCGACAUUUUGUCUUAUUCUUGGUGAUAUUCUGAGUUUUCUUCAUUUAAGUAUCAACCAUGAAGCUUUCAAGAUUCAUGGCUUCAUCUGUUUCACAAUUGAAUAUACGCAAGAUAAAAGAUUAAAAUUUAAAAAGUCAUGGUGGGAGUUUGUUUGGUUCGUUUUAAGUUCUAUCCCAACUUUAGUAGUUUUGAGUUCAGUGAAAGUGUUAAAUGAAGAAGUUGAACAAAAAAGCGAAAUAUUGAUUCAUGGCUUCAUCUGUUUCACAAUUGAAUAUACGCAAGAUAAGAGAUUAAAAUUUAAGAAGUCGUGGUGGGAAUUGGUUUGGUUCGUUUUAAGUUCCAUCCCAAAUAUUCAAAAGGAACGCGCAUUGAAAGAAUCAUUGCAUCGAAAAUUGAAAGAAUGA